CGCUUGGGGCUGGUGUGUCGGGUACGGGGUUUAAUUUACAAAAUUGGGCAGAAAAAGAUGUUCCAAAAAUAAUACUUUUUCUGUCGAAUUUUGUUAUUUAUUCAAAAAUUAAGGAGGAUUUGGCGGGAUAAAGGGAUAUAUGGAGGGAUUAAGUGGGAUUUGAAGGGAUGAAAGUGUUAUCUGUUGAUAUAAGGGGAUGGGAGUGAUUAAGGGGGCCUCUUCUAAACGAUGUAUUCUUAUCUCAAUUUUGAAUAUUUUUUGAAUAUUUAUUUUUACGUUAAUUAAAUUUAGAAAAAUUGUCUCUAUAAAUUACCUCUCAUAAUUUUAUUUUUCAAAAAUAUUUUUUAAUAUUCCCACUACCUUUUCAAAAUUUAUAUUUACAUAUCUAGUACAUUAUAUAUUUAUUUUUAUUUCUUUCUCGAAUCUCUCUCCCCUCUAAUGUCCACUCCUAUUUUUUCAAAAUUUCCAUCCGCAAACUAAAAACGACCUUCGACCAUUAUUUAUUCUCACCCACACAUUUUCUUAAUUUGUUUUCCUCCCGAAUGGCCAACUGCAAAACAUUUUUAUUUUAUACACACACAUUUAUUAUGUCCAGACAAUGUGAUCGAUUAAAUAAAAAAAAUUUUAUAAAAAAUUUUUUGUGGUCAUUUUCUAUGAAAUAUUCCAUCAACUUGGCUAGGAUUUUUUGGUUAUAA